GGCCGUUGUAAAAAAAACGAACGAAGUGCAGACAAGAUUUGUUUGAGUGCAAGUGCAACAGCAAAUAACAACAAACAAGGGAUUUUUGUAUACGACGAAGAAAUUUUGACGGCGUCAAAACAAGGUUUUCAAAAACAAUACUAGAAAAAUAUUAAAGCCAAUUUUUUUUUAGUUAUUUGAGCAAACAGGGAAUUCGAAGUUCGAUUUUGAUUAAGACUUGCUGUUCCAGAUAUCAAACAGGUGAAGAACCUCAUUCAACAUGGCGCAAUACAAAGGAGCUGCCAGUGAAGGGAGUAGAGCAAUGCAGAUGAUGAAGAAACGAGAAAAAGCCCAGGAAGAAGUUGAGUUUCGCAAAAAGAAAAUUGAAGAAGAACUCAAACUCUCUGGAAUAAAAGAUAAAUUUGCUACACAUUAUGAUGCAGUAGAACAACAGUUAAAGACUUCAACAAUUGGUCUAGUGACACUAGAUGAAAUGAAAGCAAAGCAAGAGGUGAUUGUUCAAGAAAGAGAAAAACAAUUAGCCAAAAAACUUAAAGAAAAAGAGAGAGAAAUUGAAAGAGAAUUGGAAGCCAAACGAGCAGAAAAAAAGAAACAGAAACAGCAAAUUAAAUCCCUGUCUUUUAAAUUAGACGGUGAUGAAGAAGAAGAGGAAGACCACGAAGAAAUUCAAAGUGCCUCCUCGCCAAAAACCGAUGUAUUGGAUAACAGUGAAGGGGAACCUGUGGCAAAAAAAAUUAAAGGAAAUAAAAACCCCGAUGUAGACACGAGUUUUUUGCCUGACAGAGACAGAGAAGAAGAAGAAAAUAAACUUCGCGAGGAACUUCGUCAAGAAUGGGUAACUAAACAAGAAGCUUUAAAACAAGAACCUAUAGAAAUUACCUACAGCUAUUGGGACGGGUCGGGUCAUAGGAAAACGACUCGCAUGAAAAAAGGAAACACGAUUUAUCAAUUUUUGCAGCGUUGCCUCGAGUCACUAAGGAAAGAUUUCCAUGAAUUGAAAACAAUUUCUGCCGACCAGUUGAUGUAUGUGAAAGAGGAUCUCAUAAUACCUCACCAUUAUUCGUUUUAUGAUUUUAUAGUCACAAAGGCAAGAGGAAAAAGUGGUCCCUUGUUCAGUUUCGAUGUUCAUGACGACAUUCGAAUAGUAAGCGAUGCAAGCGUGGAGAAGGAUGAAUCUCACGCUGGCAAAGUACUGCUGAGAAGUUGGUAUGAAAGAAACAAGCACAUAUUCCCAGCAUCCAGGUGGGAGCCGUAUGACCCUACGAAAACAUAUGAAAAAUAUAGUAUCAAAGACAAGAAUAAGAAAAACGCGCCUUGAACGUGUGGUUGAUGAGAGGCAAACCACAAUCCAUAUUUAAUGUUUGGAUCAAUACAUUGUAAUGAAAUUUU